AGAAGGACUGGAACACUGACAGAGACUGAACUAACCUGAGACGAGACUGAACCUUCACUACUACUGCAAGGAUGCAUUGCGUGUAUGUCUUCCUCAUCCUGACCCUGAGCAGAGCAGCCCUCAGCUCUCUGCAGGACAAACAGACCGACUUUGGCCUCAAGGUGUUUUCUCAGCUCGCCAAGACCUCAGCCAACCAGAAUGUGGCCGUCUCUCCGUAUGGCGUGGCCUCAGUGCUCACCAUGGCUCAGCUUGGCGCUGCUGGAAACACAAGAAGGGCCUUAAACGCUGCCAUGGGCUUCUCUCUGCAAGAGCGUGGGAUGUCCCGGCAGCAGCGUCUCCUGCAGAGAGACCUCUCCAGUGAGGAUGGCGUGGAGUUGGCGAGCGGCAUGAUGGUGGAGAGGAAGAUGAGCCUGGAGAAAGGAUACCGCCGGGCCCUGGCCAAGGCCUUCCAGACCCACCCACACCAGGUGGACUUCACCAGACCAGAUGAGGCCAUUGGCGUCAUUAACGCUUGGGUGUCAGACCACACAGCAGGAUCAAUCCCAGAGUUCAUGGCAUCUGGCUCUCUGUCUGAUGAGACCCGGAUGGUUCUCCUGAAUGCGCUCCACUUUGAGGGUCUCUGGAAGGUUCCCUUUGACCCUAAAAUGACCCAGGAGAGAAUGUUCCACUGCGCUAACGGCAGCUUAGUACCCGUUCACAUGAUGAGGCUCACCAACCGUUUCCACUACGGUGAAUUUGUGACGUCUGACGGUGUUGACUACGACGUCAUCGAGGUCCCAUACGAGGGUGACUCACUGAGCAUGCUCCUGGUGUCACCUUUUGAGCCUGAGGUUUCACUGAGCACGCUCAGUGCAGAUCUGAGCAGCGAGAGGAUUCAUCAGUGGAGAUCAGAGCUGAGGAAUGUUAAGAGACAGCUGGCUCUUCCCAGGUUCACAAUGGACUCUGAGGUGAACUUGAAGUCGACUCUGGUCAACAUGGGUCUGGGUGACAUGUUCAACCUGGCGACCGCUGACUUCACUCGUAUCACCACUGACGAGCGUCUGUGCGUGUCCAAAGUUCUGCAGAAAGUGAAGCUAGAGGUGAACGAGAGAGGAACCAAAGGAUCGUCUGCCACUGCUGCUGUAAUGUUUUCUCGUAUGGCCGUGGAGGAGCUUACUUUGGACCGGCCAUUCCUCUAUCUCAUCCAGCACAAACCUACAGGUGCCGUUUUGUUUGCCGGUCAGUUUAACCAGCCUCAACAACAAUAACCAGAGGAUGAACCUUUACUCCACUGUGUCUGACUACUGCUGCUUCAACUACAUAAAAAUGGACAAAAACACAAUAACCAGACAAUGUUUACAAAAUUAAUUCACUAGCUAACACAAUAGACAUAGGAAAUGAGAUGGACGGGGAUUUUCUUUGUUUUAUGCGUCUAUUUAUUUCUCUGAAUGUUGGAGGACGAUAAGAUGAAGAGAAAAUGAAGGAGAGCCGAUCAACUUUUUGGACAUGAUUGCACUUCUGAAGGGACAUGAGGACCAAAUGGAUUUAUUUUGAUUAUUUUUUGUGAUGUAUAUUUUUGUAAUUGCUCAUAUUAUGUUUGUAUUUACAGUAUUUAUAUUUAUUAAAGGAUUAUGUUUU